GGCGCAAAGCUGCGACGAGUGCAACUCGUAUGAACCUAGCUGGACCCUUUCUGAGUAGCACUACUAUCUCUUACCCAAACUCAUGCAUGCUUCAUUAUGCCUGCUCGCUUUUCAUCACUACCACGUUUCACUGUCUAGCUGUACCGUCACACCUUACAGGCACGUUACCAGAUGCUGCAUAUCGGGCCUGGCACCGUUGUGCAUCAUCUACCACCCGUGGGUCAGUUCAUGCCUCUUCCAUUCAUCGUCAAGCCAUUAGAGCGCGAUCGCGAAUAAAAGCGCCUACUGUCGGAGUCUCUUCCAUAAACCCAAACUCACUGCUGGAAUAUGACAUGAAAUGGGAAGACCCUGGUCGUUCAUAUAUAUCCUACGAACAUCAUUUCUCAUCCUGCCUCCCUCUUACGUGGGUCCCACCCGACACGCUAAAAACUGUACAACAACGUUUCUUGUUUGCUCAGGCAUCACCUCUUUCAUUUUAUCAAAAUCUUCUCGUGAUAUCUUCGUGUCAACAGUCACCCCUUUCCGCUGCAAUCAAAUACCACUCCUUCCCGCCGUGCACAUCCUCGGCCCUUCGCUCCACACGUUCUUAUAAUCUCCUCAUCAGACUAGCACUACGGCAUGCAUCUCUCGGUACUGCGUGGCAGCUUUUCAGUACGAUGCGUGCAGAAGGCGUCCAAGGGAACCUAGAAACCUGGAAAUUGAGUGUCAGGUGGCUGGUGAGAACAGGACAGUGGGAAGAGGCCUGGCAUCGUGUAAAUAGGAUCGUCGCGAGCCAAACCUGGGCUGUGAGCUCAUACAAAGCCUACAAUCAACGCCUACUACUUCCGAUAUGGCUAGAGUUCUUUGGCACUCCAAAAAGAGGCUCCACACGUCAGUGCACCAAGGCACAUGGGCAUGCUAAUAUCCCUUCAAGAUCCGCUUUCUCAGUGCUACGAAAUUGCGCGAACACGAUUUCUCUGGAACGUGACUUUGCACGUUAUCGUAUGCUCGUGAACCAUCUCCCAGCCACCCAGUUGUGGGCAAGAGCAGUUUACUCGGUUGUCAGCGCGAUGCUACGCUU